AUGACGACAGUCGCCGCCGAUCUCCGCCGUUAUUUCUUCAUAAUUACCGUUUUGCCCUUCCUUCUUUGUGAACAUUCUCUUGCUCUGAACACUGACGGUGUUAUUCUCCUCUCUUUCCGUUACUCGAUCGUCGACGAUCCUCUCUCUGUUUUACGGAGCUGGAGAUUCCAAGACGACGAUCCUUGCUCUUGGCGUGGUGUCACGUGCGAUGAAUCUUCCCGGCACGUGACUGUUCUUUCACUUCCGAGCUCGAAUCUCACCGGAACACUACCUUCCGAUUUGGGUUCUCUCAGUUCGCUUCAAAGACUCGACCUUUCCAACAAUUCGAUCAAUGGGUCUUUCCCGGUUUCGCUUCUCAACGGGACGGAGCUUCGGUUUCUUGAUCUUUCGUGUAAUCACAUCUCCGGCAAGUUACCGGCGAGAUUUGGCGCGUUUUCUAGACUCAAUGUUUUGAAUCUCUCCGACAAUGCUUUCGUCGGUGAAUUACCGAAGAAUUUGGGAUGGUAUCGGAACUUAACGGAGAUUUCACUGAGGAAAAACUAUUUCUCCGGCGAGAUUCCCGGUGGUUUUAUGUCGACGGAGUAUCUUGAUCUUUCGUCGAAUCUAAUCAAAGGCUCGUUACCUUUAGAUUUCCGAGGGAAUCGUUUACGUUAUUUCAACGUUUCGUAUAACAGAAUCUCCGGCGAGAUUCCGUCGCGUUUCGCCGACGAAAUACCGGAAAACGCCACCGUCGAUCUCUCCUUUAACCAACUUACGGGUCAAAUCCCGGGUUUUCGGGUCCUCGGUAAUCAAGAAUCCGAUUCUUUCUCGGGUAAUCCGGGUCUAUGCGGAUCCGACCCGGCAAAGCAUCCUUGCCGUAACGGCGAAGCAACAACCUCUCCGCCUCCAUCACCAACACCAAAUUCUCCUCCGGCUUUAGCCGCUAUACCAAAUACCAUUGGCUUAACCAAUAACCCAAUUAACACCAAAACCGGUUCAAAUUCCAAAUCGGGUCUUAAACCGUUGGUUAUCAUAGGUAUCGUUGUCGGUGACAUCGCCGGUUUAUCAAUCCUCGGGAUUGUGGUUUUCUACAUUUACCAGUCGAGAAAACGGAAGACCGUAACGGCUACGUCAAAAUGGUCCACGUCAUCAACUGAUUCCAAGGUGUCGAAAUGGUACUGUUUACGCAAAACCGUUUACGUUGACGGCGACUGUGAAGAAGACGAGGAGGAAUCCGGUACGUCAGGAUCCGAAUCCGACGAAGAGAACCGGAUCGGGCAAAAUAGACGAUCCGGUUUGGAUGAUCAAGAAAAGAAAGGGACGUUAGUGAAUCUCGAUUCAGAGAAAGAGCUUGAAAUCGAAACGCUUCUCAAAGCAUCGGCUUAUAUUUUGGGAGCCACCGGUUCGAGCAUAAUGUAUAAAGCGGUUCUUCAAGACGGUACGGCCGUGGCGGUUCGACGUAUUGCUGAAUGCGGUUUAGACCGGUUUAGAGAUUUCGAGACUCAGGUUAGAGCCGUGGCUAAACUGGUUCACCCGAACCUGGUUCGAAUUCGUGGUUUCUAUUGGGGAUCCGAUGAGAAACUCGUUAUUUACGAUUUUGUCCCUAACGGCAGUCUCGCUAACGCCCGUUACAGGAAAGUGGGCUCCUCGCCUUGUCAUUUACCUUGGGAAGCUCGGCUCAAGAUAGCAAAAGGUAUAGCUCGUGGGCUAACGUACAUCCACGACAAGAAGUACGUGCACGGUAACCUCAAGCCUAGUAAUAUCCUUUUGGGCUUAGAUAUGGAACCCAAAGUUGCGGAUUUCGGACUUGAAAAGCUUUUGAUUGGAGACAUGAGUUAUAGAACCGGUGGAUCGGCUCCAAUAUUCGGAAGCAAGAGAUCCACAACGUCUCAUGAGUUUGGGCCUAGUCCAAGCCCAAGCCCGAGUUCGGUCGGGUUAUCUUACAACGCUCCAGAAUCUCUCCGGAGCAUAAAACCGAACCCGAAGUGGGAUGUGUACUCGUUUGGAGUUAUUCUGCUUGAGUUACUUACGGGAAAGAUCGUGGUGGUCGACGAGCUUGGGCAGGUUAAUGGGCUUGUGAUCGAUGACCGUGAGCGGGCGAUACGCAUGGCGGACGCGGCUAUACGGGCUGAGUUAGAAGGCAAAGAAGAAGCUGUGUUGGCUUGUUUGAAAAUGGGCCUAGCUUGUGCUUCUCCAAUAUCACAGAGAAGGCCCAAUAUCAAAGAGGCCUUACAAGUUCUCGAGAGAUUCCCUUGUUCAUUUUAG